AUGACUUUAGACAUCGCAACAGCCCUUCUUUUCGGUAGAUCAGUCUACACAUUGCGGGCUGGUAUUGACCAGCAUGAGGAGAACAGACUAUUUGCAGAAAGUUUUGAUAUUGCACAAGAGGGCCUUGCCAAACGCUUUCGCAUAGCACCUUGGCAAUUCCUCUAUAACCCUCCAAAGUUCCGAAAAGCGUGCGCCAACGUCCACCGCUUUGUCGAGGGAUAUAUCAAAGAGUCGAAACUGGAGAACGUUGAAAUUCACGAGAAGAAAGGAUAUGGAUUUAUAAAGCAGAUUGCUGAGAAGCCAUCAAGCAUAGAAGAGCUCCGCGAUCAGCUACUCAAUGUUUUGCUUGGUGGCCGGGAUACGACGGCAUGCUGCUUGUCUUGGACAUUCCGGUUGCUUGUCCGCAAUCCCCGGGUAAUGAACCGUCUGCGACAAGAGAUUGCUUCUGUCAUAGAAGCCUGUCCAACGCCGACUAGGGACCAGAUCGGGAAGAUGCUAUAUCAUAAGUCUGUCAUCAAAGAAAGUGGGUUCAGAUCUUCCCAAGGUCCAGAGGGUCUCGACUCACGGAACGAUCAACUGAUCUCCUCGUUACUUCAGGUCUCCGUCUUUAUCCUCCUGUUCCGCUUAAUAAUCGCGAAGCGCUGCGAACCACUGUUCUACCAACCGGGGGCGGUGUAG